AUAAAUACAAACUCCUAAAACCCUAAACUUAAAAAUAUCUUACGCAGCUCUAAAAACCUAGCAGUCGUCUUCUUCUUCUCAAAUUCGCAAUGGGCAAAAAAUCCGCCACCAAAGGUGAAGCAGCCCCUGCUGCCAUUAAGGCCACAAAACCUUUGAAGAAAGGUAAGAGAGAGCCUGAGGAUGAUUUGGAUACCAAAGUGAACCUUAAGAAGCAGAAGAAAGACUUGGUCGCUGCUGUUCAAAAGGAAAAAGCUGAGAAGAAGGUGCCCAAGAAGGUGGAGAGCUCUGAUGAAGAGUCUGAUUCUGAGGAAGAGGACAAGGAGCCCGCACAAAAGAAGGCCGUUGCUUCUACGAACGGAACUGUUGCAAAGAAGGCAAAAGAUGAAUCAUCUUCCGGAGAGGAAUCUUCAGAUGAGGAAGAAGUUGCUGUUACAAAGAAACCUGCAGCAGCUAAGCCAGCUGUGAAAGAUUCUUCCUCCUCUGAGGAGGACGAUUCAGAAGAUGAAUCUGAGGAUGAGAAACCUGUUGCCAAGAAGGCAGCUCCUGUUGCUACCAAGGCUGCAAGCAGUGACUCGUCUGAGGAAGAUUCUGAUGAGGAAAGUGAAGAUGAAAAACCCGCACCAAAAGAGACCAAGGCAGCCAAAAAGGAUGGCAGUAGCGAUGGCUCUGACUCUGAUGAGUCUGAGAGUGAAGAAGAGGAAGAAACCCCAAAGAAAAAGAGCUCUGAUGUAGAAAUGGUGGAUGCUGAAAAGCAACAGCCAAAGACACCAUCAACUCCUGCCACAGGAGGAUCAAAGACUCUCUUUGUUGCCAAUCUCCCAUUCCAAGUUGAAAAAUCAGAUGUUGAGGAAUUCUUCAAGGGAGCUGGCCAGGUUGUUGAUGUUAGAUUUGCCAUGUCUAAAGAUGAUGGCAGUUUCAGAGGUUUUGGCCAUGUUGAGUUUGCUUCUGCCGGGGAAGCACAGAAGGCACUUGAAUUUCACGGGAGACCUUUGCUUGGUCGUGAACUUCGUCUUGAUGUUGCUCAGGAGAGGGGUGAAAGACCCGCUUACAACACUCCCCGAAGCGGAAACGGCGGUGGUGGUGGUGGGUCAGAGGUUUUUGUGAAGGGAUUUGACUCUUCCCUUCCUGUGAAUGAUAUCAAGAGCGCCUUGAGUGAACACUUUGCAUCAUGUGGUGAAAUCACGAGGGUCUCUGUUCCCGUUGACCGUGAAACUGGUGGUUCCAGAGGAAUUGCUUACCUUGAAUUUAAAGAAGGCACAGAGAAGGCGUUUGAACUUAAUGGUAGUGAAAUGGGAGGAUGGAAUCUCGUUGUUGAUGAGCCUAGACCGAAGGAGAACAAUAGUGGUGGAUUCAAUAGUGGAAGGAGCAACUAUGGCGGAGGAAGAGACAGUGGUCGUGGCCGUGGUCGUGGCAGAGGAAGAGAUAAUUUCCGUGGUCGUGGCAGAGGAAGAGAAAACGGUCGUGGAAGACCUAGUUUCACUCAUUCAGAAGGUAAGAAGACUACCUUUAGCGACGAGUAGAAACUUUGUAGAAGAGAAUGCUCUUUUUGUUUUCAAGUCUUUAACUUAUACAUUGCAUCCUUUUUUAUUGUUUUGGUUUUUUUUUUUGUCUGAGAACCUUUAAAUUUUUUUCUUAAUGUUAUAAAUUAAGCUCAAUCUCGAGUACUUUUGGUGUUA